AUGAAGGAUCCUCCUCAUGUGCUGCAGAGGCUAUACUUUGGUGAUACUGAACAGAGCAAACACUUCCUUAGUAAUAUUCGAAGGUAUAACAGCAUGUUCUGCUUCACGUCUUUGGGCGGUAGAAUUGAUAGGUCACUCAACACUGGUAAUGCUCCUCCAGUGUUUAGGAUUAGUGGUCAAAAUUAUCACUGCAUUGGAAGCUUGGUUCCAAUAGAUGGUUCGAUGCCAAAAUUUGUGCAACUAUAUAUUUACGACACAGAUAACGAGAUUAAGAACCGCAUCAAUUCUGUCAGAGGGGAAAGUAAUUUAGGGGAUAUCAAUGAAGAGAUUGUUGUCAAAUUGAAGAACAUGCUAGACCAAAAUAAUGUCUUGGUCAACUAUUUCAAAAUGGCAAGAACUGAGAUCCAAUCUAAUCCAGUUAUUGAGGUUAAGAUGAAUUUAAUAGGCAAGCGGAACAAAGAUGGAAGGACCUACAAUUUACCUACCGCUCAUGAGGUAGCUGCACUUAUUGUCGGGGAUAUUGACCCAUCAAUGGGAGAUCUAGACAUAUUGAUUGAGACCAGAACUGGACAGUUGAAGAGAAUAAAUCAAUUGAACCCCGCAUAUCUGCCACUACAGUACCCUUUAUUGUUCCCCUACGGUGAAGAUGGCUAUCGCGAAGACAUUAUAUUCUCUGAUGCAUGGCGUCAAUGUCAUCCUCGUGGAAGGAUAAGAAUUAGCCCUAAAGAGUAUUUCUCAUUUUAUAUACAUGAGAAGGUAAAUGAGAAGCAUACAUUGUUGUAUUCUAGGAGGUUAUUCCAACAAUUCUUGGUUGAUGCGUAUACAAUGAUUGAAUCUGCACGCUUGAUCUACAUUAGAACUCAUCAGAAGGCGUUGCGUUGUGAAGCUUAUCAAGGGUUGAGCGAUGCAUUGACAAGAGGAGAAUUAGACCCUGCAGCUCGAGGUAAAAGAAUUAUACUCCCAUCAUCAUUCACAGGUGGAGCUAGGUAUAUGAUUCAAAACUAUCAAGAUGCUAUGGCAAUAUGCAAGCACAUCGGUUAUCCACACAUAUUCAUUACAUUCACUAGCAACCCAAAGUGGCCUGAGAUUGAACGGUAUGUUACACACCGUGGCCUUAAAGCAGAUGAUAGACCUGACAUCAUUUGUCGUGUGUUUAAGAUGAAACUUGAUGCGAUGAUUGAAGACAUCAAAACAGACAAGUUGUUUGGCGAUAUAUGUGGAGGUAUUUGA